AUGUUCCGCCCACGGCGCCAUAGCCAGCGCUUCUACUACCUCGUCUACGACUCCACCGACGCGUCGCUCUACAUGAUCUCGACCAUACCGGAUCAUCUCGUGGCCUGUUACACGGUGACGCCCCUACCCGGGCGCACCGCCGAGGGCCGGGAUCCCGAGCUGGUCCUCAUUGCGCGUAAGUUCUGCCCCCAACUCGACGGCGAGCGGGGUCUUCUCUGCGUGUGCUCUCCGGCGACAAACCCAGCGUCUGACAGCACCGGGCCGUGGCAGAUGAAGGUGCAGCGCUUCCCUGAGCUUUCUGGGCCCUUCUCGGCGGACGUGAUGUUCUCGUUCGAAGGCAAGGUCUUCUGGGCCGAUCUCUCGCAAGGCCUAGCUUACUGCGACCUGCGCACCAGGGACUCCGUCGUGGAGUUCGACUUCAUCAAGUCGCCCUAUGGGUACGAGAUCCCCUACGAGGAUGAGCUGACGGAGCCGGUGAAGAUGAGCCGGACCAUGGGCUGCGUUGGGGGCUCUAUCAAGUUCAUCUGCAUCGACCGCCCCCGGUGCCAUCGUGGCAAUGAGAUGGUAAGGUGUGGACUCUAGGCCUGUGUCGCCGGGAGUGGAAGGAGGAGAAGGGUAUACUUUGGAAAGAGCUCGGGAAGCAAGUCGACUUCGUGGAUGCAGAGUUGAGGGACGUGGAGCCCCAGUACCCUAUCCUGAUGCUGGACGGUGCCCUCAGCCUCCUCCUGCCGAAAAUGCGCCAGAGAAUGAGGGGUCUCGUGGAGGCAGAUUGCAUCUGCAGCUUUGACAUGCGGAGCAAGAACCUCCUGUGGUCCGGACGUGUUCGCCACUACCAUACCAUUGGGCAUGUUGUCUCGCCUUGCAAUUUCUUCACGAAGUGCCAUCCUCCUCCAGGCCAGAGUAAGCUACCAAGACACAGGAGGAAGCUGCCAAGCAUCUUGGGGCAGAUGCCCAAGAGCAAUCGUGCGGUUGCUCAGUAAGGAAUUAAAGUCAGGGCUGAAAGGCAUCAAGACAACAGUUAGUGCGAGGAGCUAAACAGGGAUGUGACAUCCCAAAACUCUUAUCUGAUUGAAGGGCAGAGCUCCUGCCAGCUUCCUUUCAAAAAAAAAAAAAAAAAAAAGACAACAGUUGUGCAUCUUCUACUGGAUCUAGACUUCUUUUUGCGAGGUUGCUUACUUGUUGGGAUCAUGUUUCAAGUGCCAAGCUUGCUUGGGGGCUUUGUUUUUCGCUGUUGCCAUCGAUGUUUAUUAUUCCGUUCCUUUAAUUUAUCGUAGCCUAUUUGUGCUUGUCCCUGGUGCACUUGUGAAACAUGGAUUUACCUGAUUGCUUAUCAAUUCCUGGUCUAUGUGUCGUGCCCUACGUAGUUCUGUUAUUAAAAACCAUAUAUUUUGGGGAGA